UAAAUUCCAAAAGGUGGGGGAAAUCCCAAAUGAAGGUUUAAAUUGAGUGUUCAUCAGUGAAGUCCAACCAAAGCUCUUCAGAACUAUUUCUGUGUGGAUUACCACUCUCUUAACAACACUUAAAUACUUUAUGAGAUACUGGAGCACUUCCAAAGAUCCAAAGAUGACUUGCAUUAAAAUCUACUCUUUGAGUUUCCUCAUACUCAUCGCUUUUGUUGUGGAGACAGAUGCAGUGAGUUGCUGUCUUCGUUACACGAAACACCCUCGACGCUGUGGAAUUCUGAAAGGCUACAUUAUCCAAAACAUGACUGGCAGCUGUGAUCUUGCAGCAAUAAUCUUCCAAACUGAGAAAGGAAAAUCAAUCUGCGCUGACCCAGCACAACCUUGGACACAGAGGAGAGUUGCAUGCCUGAAGAUGAAGGCAGCAAGAGUGAAGACUAGCGGUUUUUAAUGUUUUAAGAACACCAAAAAGCAGAGGCUCUUCUGGAGAUAUUUUUUAUUAUUUUGGACUGUUUUACUCUUUAAUAAAGAGAACUUAUAUUCUUUAUAUUGGCAUCACUUAAAUGCACUUUCUUGUACAGAGUAUUUAUGGAGGGAAAAUACAAGGUAACUUUACUACACUGUGGAUUUUAGGCCUCUUGCAAUGCAAAAUAUUUUAUAGCCCUUUGUAUUAAGUUAACUCACUAAUUAAGUUCACAAUUUUUACUAAUUCAAAUACUAUUUAAAUGUCAUCUAUAAAGACUAAUAUAUGCAAAGGAAUUAUAUAUUUGAUGUAUUUUGGUCUUUAUUUGGUGGAAUGGCCCCUUUGGUUAGUCAGUGCUGCCCUCUACUGUUAAAGAUGUGCCAGUAUGACAGAGUAGGAAAUAUUUUUCCAUCUUUAUAAUAUAAUAAACAUUUUAUACAAUUGUAUAGAUAAAUUGUUUUUGUUUUCUGUUAUAUUUCACUUAUGUGUUUUUAAAUAAAGGUCACUAUUUCACUCAGCAUUUUUGUGAUGAACUACA